AUGUCGACGUCCAGCGGUUCUCAGCGGCCCAUCAAGGGGAUCCUGAAAAACAAAGGCUCCACGGCAGCGUCCGCAGCGUCGGCGGCGUCCGCUUCGUCCGUCGUGACCCCCGGCCAGCAGACCCGCGGACUCCAGGCCAGAAAGUCGAAGAAAUGGGACGAGUCCAACAUCCGUGCCACCUGCCGAGGCGCCUACAGAGACUAUGAUUUAAAGAACAUCAACGAGCCCAGCGCCCCCCACGUCCGGAUCCAGGACAGCGGAGAAGACGCGGCGUGGGACUUCGACACCAAGGACCAGGCCAGAGGCACCGGGGGCCACAUCCUGGGGAAGCCGGAGAGUAGCCAACUCCUCCUGGACAAGAUCGAAAGACAGCGGCAGUUCGAGCUGCGACGGAAGCUGCAUUAUACCGAAGGACUGCACAUCAAGUUAGGGAGAGAACUGAUUGCCAAAGAACUGCAGCUCUUAGAACUCGACGAUGACGACGACGAAAACCCGCCUGCGACCACCGAAGAGAAGACUGCUGCAGGAGAAGGGGAGGACGACGGCCCUGCCGGCGACGACCUGCCGACUCCAGCCAGCUACCUGUAA